AUGCAACACCUCAAGGACGACAUCCUCCAGCGGUGGGCGAGAUUCUUCAGCACCCUACUCAACACCAAAUCUCCCACCCUGAACCCACACAUAAUCGAACGAGUGACGCAGCGGCCAGCGACACGUGACACUCAACGGUUGGGAGAUGUGCUAGAACUCGAGGAGGUGGCACGGGCAACGAGAGGCCUCAAGAACUGGAAGGCACCCGGCCAUGACUCCCUCCCUGCCGAGUUGCUAAAGAUCGAUGACGACGAACCCUUCGUCCUGGUACACCUCCAUACCAUCCUCGCCAAGGUGUGGAACGGAGGAGAUAUUCCGCGAGAGUGGAAGGAUGCAACCAUCAAGGUGCUGUACAAGAAGGGUGACCGGUCCAACUGUAACAACUACAGGGGGAUUUCGCUAAUAUCUCACGUAGGCAAGGUCCUCAUCAAGAUCAUCACCAACCGUCUAAGUGCCUUCUGCGAAGCCAACAACAUCCUCCCGGAGGAACAGUGCGGAUUUCGACCCGGGCGAUCCACCGUCGACAUGCUGUUCGUCGUGCGCCGCCUCCAGGAGCUGGGGCGGAGAAAGAAA